ACAGAAUCUCACGAACUACUUGAAAAUGGCCUCUCUUGCAAAGACUGUCGUGGCGACCGGUGUCUCUUCGGGAUUGGGUUUGGAAGCUAUCAAGCAGCUUCUUGAGCAGACUCAGCCCUACAAGGUCAUUCUCGGAGCGCGAAACAUCCAAAACACGCAAAAAGCCUAUGAUGAGCUGCAGUAUGACCGAGCGGCUAAUGGCGUUACCAUCUUGCCGCUUGAUUUGUCCGACUUGAAGGGAGUCAAGUCAUUCGCCGAGAAGACCCUUGAUAAGCUUGGUCAGGGCAAGAUUGACUAUCUGCUUCUCAACGCGGGCAUUAGCAAUGGAUCUGAAGGACCUGGUCCUAAUGGAUCCAAGUGGUGUGAGGCUCACAUUGUGAACCAUCUGUCACAGCAUUAUCUCGUCCACCUCCUACGAGAGAAGUUGGUUGAGUCCAAGUCGAGGAUAGUAUUUGUAUCCUCUGGUGCAGUGCGCAACGUGCCCGACCCAAGCGUCCUUGACACCGAACUCAAGGCCGGCUCUGGCAUGUCUGGAAGAACCACCUACCCCCAAACCAAAUUCACCGCCCUCCUGGGCGCACACUGGUGGCGCCGCCAGCUCGCCGGCACAAACGACGUCGUCGCCGUCUCCCCUGGCCUGAUCCCCAGCACCGGUAUCGGUCGCGGAAGCGGAAUGAAGUUGACCCACGAGAUGCCCGACGCCAAGAGCGUUCCUGAAGGUGCGCAGAGCAUCCUUCGGGCUUUCACGCGAAGUGACUUUCCCGAGGACCCUGACCGUAUCUUCCUGACGAGCUGGGGCGAGUGGUGGGAGAAGAGUGUGAUUGAAAAGACUACGGACAAGGCCCUCCAGGACAAGUGGUGCCCCGGCAAGGAGGAGAUUGAAAGGGAUGAGGGCAUCUCGGCGUGAUGGGCCACAAAACCCCGACGGACUUGCUAGGGCACGUGCAGGAGGAGUAAUUACAGUUGAAGAUAGAGAUCAGAUUGGAUGCUUAGUAGCUGGUGCAACGUCCAAGGCGCUUGUGCCUCCACGUGUAAGAAAAAACCACCCAGAAUGAAUACACGGUGUAAUGUCAAACCGAGUUGACGUGUAUCGCAACACGUUGAACACCA